ACAAACGCUUCGCGGUUUUAGAACGAGAGGGAACUCUGUCGCGUGCGGACCGUGGCGCGUCUCGCCGUCCCCCCGAUCGCGUUGACACCUGCAGCUCGGUGGACACGCCCACCCCCGCUCACCCCCGCCACUGACGCGGGGACGGUCCGGGAAGGAGGGGCUUCGCGUCGUGUAAAUUGUGUACGGCGUUAGUGGUGUUUGUGUACUCGGCGCGCUCGGUGCGACUCCUGUUUGUGUAUCGGUCCAGCCCGGCCCCGUGUGCGCCAGGGCGGAGCUGUUUGUGUGAUGCGCUCCGUGUUUUGGUGAUACGGCCCAAAUAUUGAAAGUGAACAGUGUGUGUGCGUCCGCGGCUCGCGUGUCCCGGUGCGGCGGGACCCAAGCGAAGGUUCGGUGGGGCAGGUCAGGUCUGGCCCGGUCUGAUUAUGAAGUUGAACGUAAAUGUUUAGCCGCGCAACAAAUGUUUGCAAGGAGCUGAGCCAAACAACAUGAUCAAGUGCGAGGAGCCCGGGCAGCUCGGAUCACUGGGCUCGCUCGGGCCGCUGCCGCUGUCCAGUCUCGGGGACCCGUCCGGGGGCUCGGGACAGCUCGUCGGCCAGCUCCACCUGCAGCAGCACCUGCAGCACCUGUACCAGCAGCACCCUGGAGUCAUCCACCACCACGCCAGCGGCCACCAUGGCCCCGUGGCGCUCGAAUCUCCGCCGCCCCCGCAGCUGCACCACCACAACGGCCUUCAUCACCAGCUGUCUCCGCACCUGCAGCAGACGUCGCACCUGCAGCACACCUCGCACCUGCAGCACCGGCCUCAAAUGUUACCCGAGGAACCAUCCCCCGGCAACCAGUGCGCGGACAAGGACAACAAGGCCCCCCUGAACGAGCCGCCGCCCACUCCGGCCGCGGGGGGCGGCACCGCCAUGCCGGCCAAGAAGAGCAACUCCGGGCUGCGGCGCCAGGAGAAGCCGCCCUACUCGUACAUCGCGCUCAUCGUCAUGGCCAUCCAGCACUCGCCCGUGAAGCGGCUCACGCUCAGCGAGAUCUACACGUUCCUGCAGCAGAAGUUCUCCUUCUUCCGCGGCUCGUACCAGGGCUGGAAGAACUCGGUGCGCCACAACCUGUCCCUCAACGAGUGCUUCAUCAAGCUGCCCAAGGGGCUGGGUCGGCCGGGCAAGGGCCACUACUGGACCAUCGACCCCGCCUCGGAGCUCAUGUUCGAGGAGGGCUCGUACCGUCGGCGGCCGCGGGGCUUCCGGAGGAAGUGCCAGGCCAUCCAGGCCGUGCAGGCGGUGCAGGCGCUGCGGCCCGAGCUGCGGGCGCACCAGGCGCUGCACCAGUACCACCACCCGCCGCCCGCCACCGCCUUCUUCAACGGCGGCAACAUGCUGGCCGCGCACGGCGCCGUGCACGGCAUGGACGUGUCGUCCCAGACGCACCAGCCCAUGUACGACGUGCACCAGCAGGCCUGCGGGCCGUCCUGCGGGCCUUCCUCGCAGGACUACACGUACGGCUCGUACGACUACGGCAUGGCCUACCAGCAGAGCCUGGUGGACUCUACGGCGGCCGCCCCCGGGGCGCAGUGGUCGCCGUACGGCAUGGCCAUGGACGGCGGCUACAUGAAGGCGCCGCCCAGCCCCGUCGACCCCAUCCCCGGCGGCCCGAGCCCCGCUCCCCACGGCCACGGCGCGCCCAGCCCCGCGCACAUGGACCUCGGCAGGCCCGCCACGCCGCCCGCCUACUCCACGUACCAGUACGGCCUGCAGACCUGCAUCACGCUCCCUGACCACCACGGGUCCCGGAGCAACAUGCAGCAGCACUGCGACCGCAAGCCCUUCAGCUCGUCGCCCAUGGUGCCCGGGCUGGGCCCGCCCCCGGGCUCUCCGCAGGGGCUCGCCGUCGGGACCGGCGCGUCCACGGGGCCCGGAGGGCCGCUCACCAUGUCCUCGGCGGUGCCCAGCACACUGCCCUCCCCGCCCGCCGCGAACACCGCUCACAUAUUCUACGACUCCGUCAAGUACUCUACAGCUUCGUGACAAAAACACCCCCCUGUGUGUGUGUGGACUACCUAUAUAGUUACGUGUUAAGUUGAGUUUGAAACAAUAACUCCCAGUGAAAUGCCUGCGAUACGCUAGUCAGAUAAGUGGUUGACGAAACGGCACAAGGUGUGCCAAAUGUAUUUGUAAAGUUUGAUGUAAAAAGUUGAAAAAUAAUACAAAUUUGUGAAAUGUCGAAAUGA